GAUUCAUUCAUUUCUGGAUAUUAUAAUGAAUUCAAGUGUUUAAUAAAUUGAUGACAAAAUCUGUUUAACACAAGAAGAUUGUGAAGAAUUGAUUAAUAAAUAAAUUAGUGAUCAAUUAAAAGCACACGUAAUAUAAGAAAUAUGUGGCGAGGAUUUGGUGCGGAGACAGAGGCCGAGCCGGCACAACGCGGCUAUUUUAGGCCCCGGAUCUCAUCCAUAUCGGGAGUGUUAGCGAUGACUAAACAACGACUCUUCACAACGACGUUGCCGUCGAUGAAGGACGACAUCGAGACGGCCCACACGUCCGCUCACACAUCGCCUUACAAUUUAGCCAUUAAUCCAUCGGUCGUUGAUUUGGGGAACGGUAUGAUUCUUAGCGGCACUCGAUACCCAUCUCCCGGGAGGGCCUCUUUCGGCGAUGUGAUGGCGUACUCCCGGUCCGCAUCCGCCCGGCCGUCAAUUGACUCGCAAACUGCUCACGGAAUCUACGGAAUUGAUUCAUCCGGUGAUCCGUUAGGCAUUCACGACCAGUCGGACACUGAAGGCCAGGAUAGCGACGACAAGUGUGCAAACAAGACAUCGAAGAUAUUCCGCGGAAUAGCGCUCAUGCUAUUGAUAGCUCUGUCAUGGGUGGGCACUCUAUACCUCAUGAAAAUUAGUUUCAAAAGCGAAAAGACUUUGAUCGCGUUCACAACCAAUCAAUUCAAUAGUAAUUAUACUCAACAUUUGAAUAGCGAUAGCAAUACGGAAACGCAACAAAUCUCUCCGCAGUCUUAUACACUGGAAGAGGACUAUGAGGUGGUAUUUGACGCCCCAUUCCUGGCCACCUGGUUCUGCUCGCUCUGGAAUAUAUUAUUUUUGCCAAUUUAUACGAUAAGCCAAUUGUUUUGCUGCAAUAAAGAGCACGAAUCGACCAAAAAGAUGUUAAUUGAAAGUAUCCAGGGCUUUAUGGAGAAGGGGUUCACAUUAAUGCAGUUCUUCACCCGCUGUGGUUUCUUUUGCGUCCUUUGGAUGAUCACAAACUAUAUGCUUAUAUUUUCGCUCAGAAUUCUCGACAUAACUGUCGUAAUGGCAAUGUUCUCGACCUCAGUCUCAAUCGUGUAUUUGCUUUCAUGGGUUGUUUUGCAUCAGAAGUUUGUCGGCAUCAGAAUCGUUGCUGUGAUAAUAUGUGACACCGGAAUCGCUUUAUUGGUUUAUAUGGAUGGCGUUCAACAGCACAGAACCCUCGCGGCCGUAAUGAUUGGAUUCGGUUCUGCCAUCGGUUCAGCUAUUUUCAGAGUAUUCUUUAAGCGAAUGAUUGGUUACACGUCUUUCGCACAAAUGUCACUAUUCUUCACAUUAAUUGGUUUAAUGAAUGCAUUCCUUAUGUGGCCUUUGAUUCUGUUGUUGUAUUUAUUCGGCGCCGAAAUCAUAGUCUGGUCACAGAUUCCGUGGGAGACCCUAACGGGUUCGGCAAUACUUAGUUUAAUGGCUAAUAUUUUGGGCAAUUUUGGUAUUGUGUGGACGUAUGAGCUAUUCUUAACUCUGGGAAUAUUCUCUGCCAUUCCCUUCUGUAGUCGUAAGAAACACUUUUGU